UAGAUACUGUAAUUUGUAAACAUUUCACAGGUAGAAAGUGCAGAAUCUUAUGCGGAUGUGAUGAGGAAUGCUGGAAUUAGUAUUGAAAUUGAGGAUCGGAAGAAAACAAUUUUGGAGCUUUCCAAUGCUUUAGCAAAAAGUGUCAAUGGCCGCAUCACUGUUCAGCAAAGCUUACUUAAUGAGGUUGUAAAUCUUGUUGAGGCGCCUGUUCCAAUUCUAGGGAAGUUCAAAGAGUCCUUCUUAGAGCUUCCAGAAGAUCUUCUAACCAUGGUUAUGCAGAAGCACCAGAAGUACUUCGCCUUGACUGAUGAUAAGGGGAAGCUCUUGCCAUACUUCAUUGCUGUUGCAAAUGGAGCAAUCGAUGAGAUGGUAGUAAGGAAAGGAAAUGAAGCUGUGCUGAGAGCUCGCUAUGAAGAUGCUAAGUUUUUCUACGAGAUGGAUACAUGUAAAAAAUUUGCAGAAUUUCGAGGUCAACUAAAAGGGAUUCUUUUUCAUGAGAAGCUUGGUACGAUGCUGGACAAGAUGAUGCGUGUCCAAAACAUGGUCAACGAUCUAAGUAUUGAACUGGGAAUGAAUGGAGAUAUGCUUCAGACUGUUCAAGAUGCUGCAUCACUUGCAAUGUCAGAUCUUGCGACUGCUGUUGUUACGGAGUUCACUUCUUUGUCAGGCAUAAUGGCACGUCAUUAUGCACUUAGAGAUGGGUAUCCAGAGCAGGUCGCAGAGGCUUUAUUCGAAAUCACCCUUCCUAGAUUCUCUGGAGAUGUGCUUCCAAAAACUGAUGUGGGGAUAGUUUUGGCAACUGCUGAUAGGCUGGAUAGCCUUGUUGGCUUAUUUGCUGCUGGUUGUCAGCCUAGUUCUGCUAACGACCCAUUUGGCCUGCGAAGAAUCUCGUAUGGUCUAGUUCAAAUUAUGGUUGAAAAGGAUAAAAAUCUGGAUCUGGAAUGUGCUUUAAGACUUGCUGCUGCGGUCCAAUCAAUUAAAGUAGAUGCAAGCACUAUACGUGAUGUACAUCAGUUUGUUACUCGAAGAUUAGAGCAAUUUCUGGUUGAUAAGGGAAUUAGUACAGAGGUUGUUCGUUCUGUCCUUGCAGAGCGUGCAAACUUACCUUGUUUGGCUGCAAAGACAGUAUAUAAAAUGGAAGCCUUAUCAAGAGGCGAGCUUUUCUUAAAGGUGGUUGAAGCAUAUUCUCGUCCAACAAGAAUUGUGCGUGGAAAGGAUGUUGACACUGCUUUGGAGGUGGAUGAAUCUGCAUUUGAGAUGGCUGAAGAGAGAAGUUUAUGGAGUGCUUUCUUGUCAGUCAAAAACAAAGUUGAUUCAAAUAUUGAGGUAGAUGAUUUUGUUGAAGUAUCUUCACAGCUAGUACAGCCGCUUGAAGAUUUUUUUAAUAAUGUCUUCGUAAUGGUGGAAGAAGAAAGAAUCAGAAAGAACAGACUUGCGCUGCUAAGAAAAAUUGCAGACCUUCCCAGAGGCAUAGCAGAUCUAUCGCUUUUGCCUGGGUUUUAAUAAUAAUAAUAAUCUUUUUUAAGAGAAAAGAAAAGAAAAUAUGCGGGAUUAGUAUAAUAUAAUGGAAUUAUUUAUUUAUUUAUUUAUGUGUGUGUGAGGUUCAGAACUAACGUCUAAUCGGAGAUGGAACAGGUAGGAAGAACAUGUAGUUAUAUUUUGGUAAAGAUUUUAUCUAACACAAGCGCCAUUGAUCUCA